AUGUUGAAAUCCUAUGUUUGCGGAAACACAGACUGUACCAGCCCAAGCCAACGACUGCCUUCACGCUGCGAUACAAAUCCUCUAGACAGUGUCACUUACUCGGCCCAUUACUUUUGCAAGGAGACGAACUGGGGGUUCUUCCAGCUGCCAGAGGUCUUUCGUUAUGGCACCUCCAUGAUCUCUGUGGACGUAGUUCAGGACUCAGACGAAGACAAAUUUACACUCUGGACAGUACACAAGGCUUCCUUGGAUCUUUCCAUGAAAUGUGUACGAGGGUUCUCUCAUGUUGGUGGGAAGUUUUUGGUUGGGCCAGAGAAGCUUGUCUAUUACUGGUCUUCGGGACAACUUCAAAAAGCAGCAUCUAUAGACGGGGAACUGGUCCAAGCAGCACCAAACAUGGCCAAUAACGGAUUGGAUUACUCCCUCCUCUUUCAUACUCCCAAACUCUCCGAGCCCGGUAUUUUCACAUUUGCUCGACGGAAAAUUAGUCUGUUCACAUUCGACAUGAAGAUCUGUCCUGUCGCUCUGUUAUUCGAGGACGAGUCAAGCAAGGCCGAAGACGAAAGUACAAUGUGUCCCGUCAGCAGUGUCAACUAUAUAGUCAAGAAAAUUGAGACUGAGGCCGACGAUGACAGCCAUACGUCUACUGUCAGCAAGACGUUGAUGGAACAAACCUUAAAGGAGCAGACUGAAGAGACUAGGUUAUACCUCGUUGAGAUUGCAAGGGACGAGGAUAUAGACCAAGAUGCUCGAUCCUUCGCCCGGACAGUAGCCGAGAUAGUGGAGUGGUGGCAGCAGUACGCCGAAGAGAAGAACCCAACCACUCACCAAAUCGACUUUGGCGUAGGCCCGCCGCUCAAUCUACUCAUGGUCCUUGCCCUUGUACCAGAGAAAUACCAAGGUUUCAUUCGCAUCGAAGACAAGCAUCGAUCGCCCUACGGUAACGGGGAGAACCUGAGCUGGUUACAUGAACAGACCAUGGACGUUCUUAUAGGGCUCGGGAAGGACCCAUUUCCAGCGUCUAUACUUUUCGGGCAAGGCUUAGCCUCCAUGGUCCGGGACGACGUGGAUGAAGGUUGGCGAGUCUUCACCGGACGGUCUUGGCUUGAGGACCAGAUUCACCUAUGGUCGAACGACGAGCUUGAACCUAACCUAUACCAGUUCCCACCUGAGACAAAAAAGAUUGUCUUUUGCUUCAACCCCACCGAAAUCCACUGGACAGUCGUUGAGGUGAACUUAGCCAACGACGUAUGGACCUAUACUCUUUACAACUCCUUUUUCCAGGGCGAGAAAGGACCAACGUGGCGAGCGUGCCAAAAACAGUUCCCGCUUCUCGAGCAGCUGAUAUGCCAUGCCUCGGGGUUUCCAGAGCCAGACACUCGCGAGAUUGUUGCAGCAACAUCAGCGCAGCAGGACAACACGUACGAUUGUGGACCCAUCGCGAUAUACAACGCUUUAGAGCUCCUGGAAGGUCGCAGGCCCAGGACUGAGGUGGAUGCAGAAGAGCUCCGCUUGAGGUAUCUUAUGCGCAUCCUCAAUGGUCUCUAUUUGUUAGAUGAGAGGUUAGAAACGCCAGAGUUCAGAGCUUGUAUGCGAGAGAUAUGCUUAGAGUAUCCGUCAUAG